AUGGGAAUGAAAGCGCGUUGCCAAUGUUCCAAGAUCCAGUUUACCACCUCGGCCGACAAACCCCUGGCGAUUUACGCCUGUCACUGCACUGAGUGUAGGCACCAGAGCUCCUCCGCCUUUGGAAUUACAGCCGUAUUUCCCUACUUCGAGCUUCCAGACUCUGUAUCAGACCUUGUGGGGAGUUACACUCGAAUCACCAUAAAGGGUCGCCACAUGGAAUGCUUGUUUUGUAAAGGCUGCGGAGCUCGUUUGUUACAUCGAUUCCGUGACUAUGUUCCCUCACCCGGCGAGAAACCCGAUCUCAAGGCGACAUCGAAUGUGAAAGGGGGGUGUCUCGAGGAUCUGGACAAGGAAUUAAUGAGUGGAAUUAUCCAUAUAUGGACCAAACAUGCGAUCAUGGAUAUUCCCGAAGGAGCGGAGCAGUGGGAAGAGGCACCUGGGAUGGCGCCCAACCCUCUGGAGCGAUAA